AUGGUCUUGAAAUUUUCCAGCUUUAGGAAUCAACUUUCAUUAACGCAGCAGAGAAGUGAAAAAUCUCGAACAAUUUUUACAAAACAUUCGAAACCUGACAUGUCAAGUGGCAUAUGGAGGUUCAUUGCUUGCUUUUUCUUGGGAUUGGCCACUUUGGCUUAUUGUUUUUCGCCCGACGAAAUUGAGAUAUUUCAGCUUCAACAAGAGAUCAAGAAAGCUUAUGGGGACGAAGUUGACUUCUACAAGUUUCUGAAGCUGCCCAAGCUCAAGGACUCUUCUGCUUUAGAAAUUAAGAAAAACCUUAAGAGAUUGUCCAAAAAGUAUCAUCCUGACAAGAACAAGAAGUACAGGAAAUUGUAUGAGAGAUUAAAUCUUGUAUCGAAGAUUCUGAGUGACGAUUCUCGUAGAAAAACGUACGAUUACUACUUGAAAUAUGGGUUCCCUAAUUACAAUUUCAAGAAAGGCGGGUUUUAUUUUACGCGUGUGCAACCUACUACUUGGUUUCUGAUUCUUUUCGUCUACGUCGCAGCUGGCCUUAUACAUUACGUGCUUCUCAAAUUACAAAACGACGGCAACAAAACGCGUAUUGGCAGAUUUAUAAGGCAAGUGAAAGCGCAGGACACGACAAAUGGGCUGGGUGAAUGCAAUUUGAUAUUUAAAGAAUCAGAGGUCGAUGAGGGCAAGAAGAUUCUGGUCAAAAUGGGUGACGUUUACGCUGUGCAACCUGACGGGUCCGAGGCCCUCAUUACCGUUGAAGGUAUCAAGAAUCCUUCAAUUAGAGACUCAUGUCUCGUCAAAUUACCCGUUUGGCUUUGGAAUUUCACAAUUGGACGACUGUUUCAAGCCAAUAAAUCUUCAGCUGAUGAGAAUGAAGUAAAGCCCGAACAGGGGAAAAGGACAAAGCGAGCUCAGUCAACGGAAGCAAAACCCAAAUCGAGCUGA